CUUCGGGGCGUUUGCACUCGAACCUAUAAUGUUGAUAGAAGCGUUUUAUGGCGGCCCUCUGGGAGAGUUGGUUCAAUGGAGUGAUGUAGUCGCAUCUUUAUAUCUCCUUGGACAUGAUAUCACUAUAGUCAAAUCCUUGAAUGAAUCAGAGAGAUAUACACCUGGACCAGACAAAAAUGGUUGUAUCAAUAGCAGUACAGUGCAGCAAUUUGAGUAUGACUUGAUAUACACAGAUAUCAUAGGCGCCUUUCAUAUGAAGUAUUUUUCUGGCCCCUAUUGGUCCGAGAUAAGGUGCAAGAUGAGGAUACUGGAUUCAUUUGGUACCGAAGCUGAAUUCAACUAUAUAAAACUCGUUGACAACGAUAACAAGAAAUACAAGUCUUCUUAUGGCAAAUUGUCGUUGAAUUUGAGACAGUUCAUGACCAUGUUCCCUCACAGUCCAGACAAUUCAUUCCUUGGUUUCGUUUCUGGUGCGGCACAACGAAUAUCAAAGAAAAGCAAAACUUAUGCAAAAAGAAAUAUGGCUUUGGUGUAUGCAAAACUGGAUAGCUACUGGAAAGUUGAUAACCGGGCAUACCUCGACAAAAUUCAUGAAUAUGUGGAGAUUCACGGCACCUUUACACGAACAGUUGCUAAAUCAAAAUACAUUCCAAAAGACGUCAUCAACCACGGGGUCGUCAACCGAACCACCAUAGAGAAACUAUUACAACAAUCAAAGGUUUUUGUCGGUCUUGGCUUUCCAUUCGAAGGACCGGCGCCUCUAGAAGCUGUUGCAAAUGGGGCAGCGUUCAUAAACCCAAAGGUCAGUCUUAACAGACACUUCCCAAAAUUUGCUUGAGUGCAAACAAAACAAUA